ACUUUGUUGAAGUUCACCGAAAAAGAAAAUAAACCGGAAGUAGGCUUUGUUUUGGUUUUAUUCGGGGCGCGAAAGGCAACAAAUUACAUGAUUUCUUAAAAAUGUCAUCCAGACAGAAAGAUCCAGCCCAGUCUAUCUCUCCAGUCUUAUUCCUGACUGUGGAGGGUGAACCCAUGUCCUUCUUCCUGCGACCCGGUCCUCACAAACGGAAGCUACAGCCGCUCAUCACAGCUGGAGGAGGGACGUUAUGUAGAGUCCAGGUGCCUGGAGCCAUCCUGCUGAUUGAUCCUGAGGAAAACAGCUCUGUUCUUGAAUCCGAUGCUCAUCGGUAUGUUUCCACCCAGUAUAUUCAUGACUGCAUUAAGAAGGAGGAGCAGCUGGAUUUAGAUGAUUAUAGACUGAAUCCAAAAGCAAUCCAGAGAUCCUCUUCAAAAUUAAACAACAGUGGGGGAAGCCGUGCUGGACCGGUAGGAGGCAGAAUUGCCUACACCCCUGAGGAGGAUGCUGCCAUUCUGAAUUUCAUCAGCAAGCGCAAGUCAGAGACUGGGGGCAACCGGCUUUGGCAGGAGAUGGAGAAGCAGCGGGUGACCAGUCACAGCUGGCAGUCUAUGAAGUCCAGAUUCAAAGACCAGCUAUCAAAGAACCAGUCUGCAUCUGCAGAGGUGGAAACCAAAGAAGAAGACAGCAACAAGCUGCCUGAGAACAAAACUGAGGCAAAGCUCAAUCAGGAAUCUAAUGCUGAAAAAUCUCCCUGUGAAGCAACCGCUGAUCCUGCUCAGACACAUUCAGCAGAAUCAGAUCUGACACAGAUUGAUGUCCAGUCAAUACCAGCAGCAGUCACACCUGAACAGGCAGAAACUCCGAUAACGAUAACGGCCUCUGUUACCGUGGAAGAGAGCAACACAUCCGAGGAACAACCAAAUAUAAACAUUCAAUCGGAGAGUGUUGAAGGUGAAACGUCUCGCUGUUGUCAAACUGAGGAACAGGCAGAGAACCAAGCCAGCACAGAGACAACAGAACCAGAAAACGAUGAACCUCUUACGCCUGCUUCCCCACGAAAACAGAAUUUGUCAAAAAACUCCCCUGCAGAUGAGCUCAAACUCUCAACUAUAACGAGUUCACCUAACAGAGCAAAGCAAAAGCUGGAGGCAUCCCCGGUGCAGGAGGAACCUCAGCGUCGAUUAACGCGCAGGCAGCUGGAGCUGGAGGCAGCAUCUUCAUCCCCUGAGCCGUACGGCAAGAAACUGAGAUCAGCCUCCAGCGCGGCUGAGCAGUCCACAGCAUCCCCACCAAACUGGAAAAAAACUAAAACUGCCAUGAAGUUAACUAACCAAGUAGCAGAAGAGCCGCCUAAUAAGAAAGCCAGAGGGAAGAAAGCUGCAGCAGAGGUGGAGAGUCGGGUGGAGCAUAGCAGCAGCGAUGCAGAAACUAAAACUGUGCAGCCAGAUGAAGCCAGUUCAGCCCCGCAGAAAGCAGAAAAGAAAAAAGAGAAAAGGCAGCUGGGAAUUCUUGAAAUGGCAACAAAGGAGUUUGAAGAUGAUUUUGAAUCUGAUGAAAAUGAAGGUCCAGAUCUCCUAAACAAUGCUGAAACAACAGCUGAAACUACAGCUGCAUCAGCAGACGCUCCACAGCCUUCAGACUCGUCUGCAGAUCCACCGGGUGCUCAGCCCGACUCUGAAGCUGAACCCAGCACACAGGGGGCUGGACCACAGACUCAGAGCUCAAGCAGCAACUGCAUCCCGAACACCGACACCCCCGAUGCCGGGUCCGUCCUGCUGCCUGUUUCAGAGCUCAUCAGCUCCCCUUCAAAGGCCCACCUGUUCAUAUUUGACAGCGAAUCUCAGGUAGAUGACUCUCAGUCUGUGGUUGGCGAGGGCUCAGCAGCUCCACAUCACCCUCAGCGCUCAGAGGACAAAGACGCAGCGUUUUCUUUAACUCAGACGGAGUUGGAAGAGGACAAGCAGCGAAUCAGGGAGCUGAUGGCCCAGACCAACCAGGACCUGGUCAGUGUGACCAAAGCUUUGCUAAAGACCAGCGGAGACUUCGCUGCUGCCGCUGAUUUGCUUUUGAACCCCUCAUCUGUUUCUGAGCCAUUUUGGAGUCGCAGUGAUGACAGUUUGUUGCUUUCAGCCGAUCCUGUCGGCCGUCGGAAGCUGCAGGAAAAAUACGGGGAGGAGAAUGUGGCCAAGAGGAUUGUGUUUCUUGAAGUGAAAGGAUAAAGACAGCAUAGGAUAACAAGAUUGACGGUCUGGGCUGCUGAGAUUUUGUUCUUGAUUUAAAAUUUAAACCAAGAUUAACUAUUAAAACAGGGAUUGGAAAGAUUUUAUACAUUACAACUAGUGUGUAUAAAUUUGGAGGUGAUCCUUGCUUUGUUUUAAGAAUAAUGUUUUUGAUGCAUUUUAGCAUGAAAAGAUGUCAUUGAAUUUGUUUUUAAUGUUUUAUUCAUUAAAUUCCCUAAUAAAUAUGACAGUACCAUUUAAUAAGUUAGAAUUUGUUUAAUGUUAUAACAUAACAGGCAAACCAACUUUCUUCUGGACCUGUCUGCUGUUUCUUCAUGAUGCUGUUUGUUCAAUAUUGCUCUGAACACCUGAAGCCUCUAUUGAACACCUGGAUUUAUACUGAGUUUAAAUUACCUUCAACUGGACAAUAUUUAUUCAUUGGUUGACCUCUGGAGAUAAUUUCAUUCAUCUUUUUAAGGGAAUAGUAAUAGAAAUACAUCAAAUUUGAAAAAAAUAAAUGCAUAAAUUGAAAUACCCCUGUAUUAUUUCCCUCUUUUUCACCAUUAUUUCCAAUUAGGAUCUAAUUGAUUUUAAUAUAAUCAUAUAAGCACAAUAUUUUCUGGUCUUAUUCUUUAAAUUGAAGAACGACAAUUAGAAAAAAAACUGUUUAAAAAAAAAACACCACCAGAUCAUUUUUUAACCAAUCCACCGCUUUAUUUAACUUUACCCCAAUACUAACUGAGUACAUUCAUCAUUUUGAAACUAAGACUGCCCAACACCCACAUCAGUACACCGUAUAAAUAGUUUCAACAAAAAUAUUACAAAUGAUAAACUUACAAAUGUAAGAGAAAAGAGUAUGGAAUAUAAAUAAAUAUAGACAAAAAGCCAAUUAAACUGAAGAUGUUACCUGCGAGGCAAAAUAAACAUCGAGACUGGAACCUGAUAGAGUUCAGCAGCUUUUAUCCAAAUGUUGCUGCAGCUUGGACCUCCCAGUUACAUUCAUGGAACUGAAACAGAAAAUAUGUUUGCAAGCGAACAUAAACUGUUAACCAAAUCAUCCCCAAACUUUAUGAAUAAAAACUCCUUUUAAAAAACCCUUUUUUUUUUUUUUUUUUUAAUAUGAAACAUUCACAUCCAGCAAAUGUACAUACGCGUUGUUGGUGGUAAGCUUGAAAACUUGUUCAGUAAAGCAAAACUCACACUGAGGUUUUCAGUGGAUAACCAAACGUCAUGAGUCCCUGUGUUUUUAACAGCUACAUUAUUUUAAGGUCUUUAAAGGCUUCCAAUCAAGCUACAUUCAACAAAUAAAAGAGUCGCUACGGCUUUUUUUGAACUAAAACGAGGGAAACCUGCUUUAAGUGGUGGCAAAGUGGAGAUGUUGUACCUGACAUCCAGUAGUUUACAGGAGAUACGGAUGUUGGGGGGGAAACCCUGUGUGGUUGGCAUGUGCACUGAGACUGAGUCUGCGCAACUUUCCAGAGUCAGAAUCAUUUCAUCACGUUGCUGUACAUGAUUGCUUUGGUUGGCUGGUUAGUGUGAUGAUCAGAUGAGCGAGAAAAAUCUCAGACCUGCCGUUCGCGGAUGCUGCGGCCAUACAGUAUUAAAUAAUGGUAUCACACAGUCCAGUAGAAAAAACAGAAUGACUCUUUGUUACUCAUCAGACUGGUUUCAUAUCGUCUGAAGACAACAGCGAGGCUGUUUUUGUCACUGUUUUCAUGUGUUAAUUUUGUAUUGUGUGUUAGUAGUUGAGAAAUAAUUGCAACAAAUAUGUUUAAGUUAUUAAAAGCUUAACAUAGUUACACAGUCUAAUGGUUAACACAUUAGUUAAAGAAAAUACACCUUUCGCCACAAGUAGUUUCGUAACAAAUAUGACAGACAGUACGCAGUCUGUAUUGCAGCUUUUUAGCUCAAAAUAUAUAUUAGAAAAGACACAAAACUUCUUUUCUGCACAUCAGCAUGCUUCAGAAUAUUCUGCCCCCGAAAACUUCAAGAUAGAAGUAUCACUUAAUCUUGGAUCCAGUAAAUCACACUCAAAAUCUAAAAUGAACAGAUGAUUCAAACAAACAAAAAAAAAAACAUUCAUUCUCUCUCCAUCCAUUGAUUAGUUUCUGUGCUGAAUUAUUUCCUCAAUCUGCAGCAAAAUGAGUUAGCAUAAACACAAAAGGCCUCCGGGGUAUAUACGAUCACAUGCUGGCAGAGCUCAUGUACAGACCGAUGUUUCUAGCCCUGUUCUAAAAAGAAAACGAAGCACUAAGUGAAAUCUGCCCUCCUGCAGACUGCUGUCCAGAACAGCAGGAUAUGAACAACAAUCACCUAAAGUAAAACGGCUGAAAUGUAUUUUAUUUAGCUUAAUGUGAAAUAUGCCCUUUGGUUUAGCAUGAAAAGCUGAAAGGAGUUGUUUACCAUUAAUGAUUUAGGUUCUUACAAUCCAACUCCUCUGUCUUUCUCGUUUUCAAGCAACUAAGUGUUGACUUGUGCAAAUUCACGGCACAACACGGGUGGCUUUUCCUUAACGAAGCACAUCUGAAUCAGAGCAGAGCGCUGCAAGCAACACCUGGCCUUACUCUGCCUUGCAUAAGUAGUCGUACUUUCAAACUUUGUUCAGAUUUUGUCAAAAUACAGUCACCAACAUCAAUGUGUUUUAUUGGGGUUUUAUGUGAUAAGCUAAAACAAAGUAGUUAAGUAGCAGUGAAAUGAAAAUGACGCUUGGUUUGCCAGUUAUGAGAAAAAUACAAAUCUGAAGAGUUAUGGGUUUCAACUCCCUACACUCUUAAUAAAAUCUGUAUUUUAGAUUAUAAAGUACAGAUACUGUUAGAAUGGCGGAGCUCUGUUCAGUCAAUUAUUCUCAAAUGAAUGGAGUAUGAUGCAACCACCAGAUCUAUGGUAGCUCUAAGCAGCUGCAGAGAGACACAAACUUGGACAGAUCAAUUAUUAGUUUUUCUUAUUUGUGUAUUCCACAAAUCUGGCAUUUAUAGAAGAUCAAAUGAAAAUUUAAGUUUUGCUUCUUAGGGGGGAUAUGCGCAAUUGUAGUGCGGGAAACUACCACUAUGAAAACAUCUUCUAUGCUCAUGCUUCUGCACAGAAGCUGUUGAAAAAACAUGUUAGAGGCUGAAGAACACUUGACACUAGAGCAACAACCCUAGACAUUGAUGUCUAUAGAUACUCUGUGCAAUCGUACUCAGUUUGUAUUGGUGCAGAACAGCAGAAUACCACUGCACAGCACAUUUUUCAGAUUUACUGCUGCUAAAAAACAAAAAUUGUGAUCAGAAAACCAUGGUACCUCAAUAUUAUGGGCCUCCUGUGUUAGUCUAUCACAUAAAAUCCCAAUGAAACAAUAACAUUUUUGGUUGGAGUGUGGCAAAACAUGAAGAACCUCGAAGGUUAUGAACACUUUAGCAAAGCAGCGUACUGUAGUAUUUUAGGGGCUCUGUUCCAGUUGACGCCCCCAACAAAGACAAUACAACAACAA